UUUUCAUUCAAGCUUUUCGCUGCAAGUAGAUUUUGGUCGCAGACUCAACACUCCCCAAAUGACAUAUAGCAUAUGGACAUGUAUAUACCUUGAUUUUGUUAUUCGAAAUUAUUUAUGCCUCUAAAUUUGGUGCAUUCUAAUUUUGGGUUCAGAAACUAGUUAUCAUCUUUCUCAAAUGAAAAGGUCUUUGCCAUUCUCACGCUCCAAACUGAACAGGUCUAAGAAUCAUUUUGUCUCAUGGGCUGUGAAACAAAAACAGAAAAAAUUCAAUCACGCUCUAUCAGCGAACAGUUCAAAUGUUCCUCUUAACUGUCCUCUAGUUGGAUGCUCUGGAAUCGGUCAUAUUAACGGUCAAGAUACUGCACACGUAACCCUAUAUGGAUGUCCCUUAUAUCACAAUAUGAGUUUCGAUAAAUGGGCGGAGAUGCGUGCUCGCGAAGAAGGUUUCGUUGUUCCAGAAUCCAUUAGGGGAAUUUCUCAAACUUCAUACUCGCCUUCUAAAUUUAAACACAGGAUUGACCGUUCACAUCAGUUUAAGACUACACAGAGAGAACCUAUGCUUGAUGAUUUAGCUAGUCAGGUAGAGUUGUAUCAAUUUCGUCGUGCUCAACAGAGACUGGUUUCAACACAUGAGACGGACGCACGGGAACAUCUACUUUUAUGUGCGCGAGUAGCUUUGAAUUCAGGAAAUCUACCCAAUAAUGCAUUUUCUGAAAAUAUUGAGUUCGCUACAGAACAGCGAAUACAUUCUGUUAUUUUUGGAACCUGGGAUUUACAACCAUGGUAUCAAAGUAAUUAUCCAGCCGAUUUGAGUUGUCUACCUACUAUAUACAUUUGUGAAUUUUGUCUGACUGGAAUGCGUCAUAAGGUUGCUUAUGAUCGUCAUAAAAUAAAUUGCAGUCGAACGUUUCCUCCAGGUAAUGAAAUAUAUCGUAAAGAGAGUUUAUCGUUUUUUGAAAUCGAUGGACAAAAGCACCAGGAAUAUUGUCGAAAUUUAUGUUUGCUAGCCAAAUUGUUUUUGAAACAAAAAACAGUUCAUGAAUUAGAUCAAGUUCCAGCAUUUUUAUUUUAUGUAUUAACUGAAACAGACCAAGACGGCUCACAUAUUAUUGGUUAUUUCUCUAAGCAAAAGGCUGACGAUCAAUGUGACAACUUAGUGAAUACUGUGUAUAAUAAUCUUUCAUGUAUCCUCAUUUUACCACCUUAUCAAUGUCGUGGUUUCGGUCGUAUGCUCAUCGAAAUGAGUUAUGUUCUAAGUCGAUUAGAACAACGUAUUGGUACACCAGAACGUCCGUUAUCAGAUCUGGGGAUUAUUAUUUACAGAAGAUAUUGGCGUUUUGAAAUUUUAAAAUACUUAUCGUCAUUCACAGCUAAAUCAAUUAAUAUUCGAACUAUGAGUCAAGAGUUAGGAAUAGCAGUUCCUGAUAUUGUAAGCACCUUAUUAGACAUGAAAAUGCUUGUUUGCUAUCGGACACAAUAUUAUAUAGUCAAUAAUAAGCCCGAUGUCGAUGCCCUAUUGAGUACUAUUAAAUUACCUGCUACUGAUCGUUGUAUUGAUUCUACAUGUCUUCAUUGGACUCCUAAUAUUAGUUGUAAUAAUAAAUCAAGUAAAUCACCGAGUAGUACUCUUAAUGCCAGUGCUACUAUUAAUCAAAAGCUUCUUCAUAAAUCUAAUCUCACUUCACCGAAUGAUUCGAUUGGAGCAAAUGUUUGAAAUUUUUUGUAAUCUGAUUUUACUGUACAUUGAUUGAGAUAUUGUAACGAUUUUUAUUGUAAAUAAUUUAAUAAAGGCAC